CUCUUUUAUUCAUUUUGUUUGUCAAAAAAAUAAAAGUAAAUCCAUUAUAAAUCUGAAAAUGUCUACAUAUAGACCAAGGUCUGGUCUUGGAGCAUAAAUAAAAAGUGGAACAAACUUUCCAUCUCACACACACACUCGCACACACUUUGAUCUCUUAACACAAAGGCUUAAUAAAAGAAAACAGAAAUAUCAUCAGAAAUCACGAAAUCACAUUAAAACUCAAUGUGAUGUUGACCUCUGUAGCAGUGGUUCUCAAACUUUUUCGGCAUGCAAAAAGUAUGAAGACUCUAAUGGGUUUUUAAGUUACGUCUUCUCACACUGGCCAAAUUUAAUCGGAUUGAAGGUAAGACAAUGCAGUUUACAUGCACAUUGCGGUUAAAAUGUUUGUUUACAUGUACAUUCCAAACCGAACCAAACAUCUGCGCAAGCACACACUCAGGGUUGCCAAAUUUGCUUAUCAAAACCAUCCCAAUGGACAUUUAAAACGAACCCAAAAGCAUCCCAAUGACUGUUCACAAACCCAAUAACUAAUGAAAAAAAUCCUUUCAUCUUUAACCCGCAUAUAUAUAUUUUUUUUGAUUGAUUAAGGUGUUUACAUGAAGGCUUUUAAUCCAAUUGAAGUUUCUUUUCUUGUAAGGUAGUAAAGCUGAUCUUACAUCCCCCGCAGGUGAAGGGUUUCUGUUCUGUGUGUUUUCUUUCUAAAUGGCUCUGUGAGCUCAAUGUCUCUCCACCGGCGGUGAUGCAAGAAAUAUGCAAUAAAAUUUGUUUCUUUGUGUUAUUGGAUUGUGAAUUGACUUUGAAUUAUUAUCAUCCUAUCUGGCUAUUAAAUUGUGUUUGGAUUUAUUCUGGCUAGAAAUAACUAUGUAAUAAUUAAGUUGCACCUCUAAGGAGACUAAUAAAAUAUGUUCAGAGAUGAGCAAGAAUAGGGCGGCCUUCUGAGCAUAUGGUCCAACCUCUAGCAGCGGCCAAGCCUGGUUCGAUUGUGAUCGUGGACCCGCAUGAUAAUUAAAUAUUAAUAAAUGGCCUGUAUUUGAGUCCAAAGCGACAUGUGUAGCCGAAUGAAGGGAUGUAAUCCCAAGUAGGGCUAAAUCAGAAUAAACAAACAUCCACCCAAAUUCUGUAAUCGUUAAAAGUAAUGAUCAACCUGAUUUGUAUUAAUUUUAUCUUGUGGAGUCAGAUAAUUAUACCUAAAUUACAUAUGACACAACGUCAUCAAUAAGCACCAAAAAAGACUGGACUGGACUUUAUUUAUAGUUUUGUUACUACCACACUAUGAAGAAACAUCAAUCUUCUUGUGUAAUGAAUGAGAGAUGAAUGAAGUGUUGAGCGUCUUCUCUCUCCAGUACAGCAGGAGGCGCUCUGCAGCUCUUUAGUCCACAUAUAAACCCACUAAAGAAAGAGCGAAAGAGCUCGCGUGUGAUGUGUUUGUGUAUCCUGUAUGUUCAGACAAACCCAUCGACUGCACAAACAUCAUGAUGAAGAUCAAAACUGAACCUACAGAAAUGAUAACUGAACAUACAGAAAUAAAAACUGAACCUACAGAAAUAAAAACUGAACCUACAGAAAUAAAAACUGAACCUACAGAAAUAAAAACUGAACCUACAGAAAUAAAAACCGAACCAACGGAAAUAAAAACGGAACCUAUAGCAGAGGAAGAUCACAAUGGGGAUUCUAUUUCGUCAGAUGUGAAGAGUGAUUUAUGUGUGGAUGAAGAAAUAACGUCCUCGACUCUUUCCUGCAUCACCGGUGGAGAGACAUUGAGUUCACAGAGACAUUUAGAGAGACAACACACAGAACAGAAACUCUUCACCUGCACCAGAUCUGAGAUCAGCUUUACUACCUUACAAGAGAAGAAACUUCAUUCAGAAGAGCACAGAGAGAGGAAGCAGCGGCACGAGAAGAGGCAGUUUCACUGUCAGCAGUGUGGGAAGAAUUUUUUUACAACAACAUCUAAUAUAAACAGACACAUGAAGACACACAGUGAUAAAAAGCCUUUUCACUGUACUGAAUGUGGCAAAUAUUUCAGAACCAAACACAGUCUUGAUGUUCAUCAGAGAAUUCACACAGAAGAGAAACCAUACGAGUGUCCUCACUGUGAGAAGAGAUUCAGCCACAAACCUGAUUUGAACAAACAUGUGUUUAUACACACCAAUGAGAGACCGUAUCAGUGCAGUGAAUGUGGAAAAACCUUUAGGUAUUCAUGUUCCUUAAAAUUACACCAGAAAAUUCACUCUGAAGAAAACCCUUAUCAAUGUUCACAGUGUGAUAAAGGUUUUAGAAAUAAAUAUCAGCUGAUAGUCCAUGAGGUAACUCACACUGGAGAGAAACCUCAUCACUGUAAUGUUUGUGGGAAGAGUUUCAGUCACAACUACAUUUUAAUGUCACACCACAAAACUCAUAUCGGUGAAAAACCUUACAAAUGCUCUCAGUGUGGAAAGACGUUUACUCGAUCAGGUUCCUUAAAAGUCCACGAGAGACUUCACACAGGAGAGAAACCUUAUCAAUGUAGUGUUUGUGGGAGGAGUUUUAAUCAACGUGAACAUUUAGUGAAUCACCAGAAAACUCAUACAGGUGAAAAACCUUACGUCUGCUCGAUCUGUGGAGAGAAAUUUGCUUAUUCCGGAAGUUUUCGGAAACAUCAGAAGAAACAUACUGAAGAACAAACUACACUGAAAUCAUCAUAGUGUCUCAAUGUUUGGGAGUCAAACCCAGAAUGCUUUAGAGGUCAACAUCACAUUGAGUUGUCAUGUGGUUUAGUGUUGGAAUGAAGCAAGUGAUAUAUGAUGAUUCUUUUAUUGAAGCCUUUGUGUUAAGAGAUCAAUGGAUUUGGCUUUGAUUUCCUAAACACACAGAGUGGGGCACAAACUGUCGCUUUUUGGCUUUGGCUCUAUCAUUCAAAAAAUAUUUAAGUUGGAUUAAUAAUUUUUUUACACAAUGAACACACACAUCUCUACUACAAAUGAAGACUUAAGGUUUGUUUGUGGGACAUACCGUUAGCGUACAAUUACACUGAAAGUGACAGGAGUCACUGACAAAACAUCAAAACAACAGUAAGAGGAAAAAGACCAAAAGCACAGAUUGUUCUACCCUGUAUAAAUAUGUAAAGUUGCCAUGUUACAAUUAACUUCGCAUUAGUUUAUGCCGCGCCUCACCCCUAUACCUUAAAGGGGUCAUAUUAUGAGAUUUUUUUUAAGAUGUAAAAUAAAUCUUUGGUGUAUGCGUGCGUAUAUUUGUGCGUAUGUAAAGUUUUAGCUCAAAAUACUCCAAAGCUAAUUUAUUAUAGCAUGUUAAAAAAUUGCUGUUAUAAAACAGCCCGUUCUGGUUCUUCAUUCUGAUUGGUUAAACGCGUUCAAAGCCGUGAUAAAAUACCCCGGUAACCCCACAGUUCAGUCUGCAUUACAUAAGUAUCACUGCGCCAUUGUUGCUACAUACUGAUUUAUGAAAAUAAACACCACAGUCUUUAAUCAUAUUUUUAUUUUUUCUACAAUUGCAAAAUUAAUGGCGACAUCCAGAUAAAUGUUGAGUCAUCUCGUCAAUAAAGAGAAAAGUUCCCUGAGGAGUUUCAACCUCAAAUUCAUAUCUCCGCUUUUAUCCACUAGGUGGCGAUCUUACCCAACUUGAACACUGACGCAUUCACUUAACACUAAAAACUCUGCGUAAGUUCUGAAUUUGAUUUCUAACAAAAGUUCUUCACAAAAAUGUAAUUAUCUCAGCUUUUAGCUGAAGAUUUGAGAGUUGAUAAGAGAACAAAUGUUUUUUUGAAAGCAGAGGGUCUGUUCUUUCAUUUGAUAUAUUUUAUGUUUAUUUAAAGAAGAAUCAUAUUUGAUCAUCACUUCAACAGUUGCACGAUAAAAAUGUUAAUGUAUAAAUUAGAUGAAUGUUGAUUUAUAAAAUAAACACCACAGUCUUAAAUCAUAUUUUCAUUGUGUCUUUGCUGCGUCUGUGUUGAUUGGGAACUGUGCUCUGUUGUAGCCACACUAGAUUCUGAGGAACUACGUUGUUUGGCGGAAGAGUAAUAUUUGUACUAAUUACAACUUAUUUGUGUUAUAUUUUAUAAAAUCCUGCUAUGCAUAUGAAGGAAACGUUUUAUAAAAGCAAUAGGCCCUGCAAAGCAGUGGGGUUACAGUGCAUUUUGCCUAACAAUGCCCCUUAGCUGUUAUAAAAUGCACUGGUAACCCACUGCUUUGCGGGGCCUAUUGCUUUAAUUUGUAGGCCUGAGCAAAAGUGUGCCGUUUUUGGGUGUGUUAAAAUGCAAAUGAGCGGUGAUGAAAUGCAAACGCUGAUCACAAUGAUGAAGGUUGUUUGUCUCUUUUUCUCUGCACUAAAUGGCAAUGUUGUCAUUGAAUAGUGCAGAUAAAGGGGGCAGUAUUGUUGUAAUUCACUUUGCUACUUACCUCACAAAACAGGCAAAAUCUGAACGACCUAAUUUUUCACAUGCUUGCAGACAAUGGCUUACCCAAACAAAGUUACUGGGUUGAUAUUUUUACACAUUUUCUAGGUUGAUAGAAGCACUGGGGACCCAAUUAUAGCACUUAAACAUGGAAAAAGUCUUCACGCUAUGACCCCUUUAAAUGCAAUGUAAGUUACUAUGGAUAAAAGUGUCUGCCCAAUAAAUAAAUAUAAUAGAUCUGAGCGGAAACAUACAUUUGCGUUUUAUUACAUUAUUUCAUUUAUCGUUAGUUAUAUUACUCAUUUUUUAUCAUUUUAUCACUUAUUUUUAUUAUUCUUUUUAUAUUGCAGUUAUUUUAUUCAAUCUAGUUAUUCUAUACUACAUUACGUUUCUUGAUAUUUAAAUCUUAUGUUGGUGCUGUAUUGUCCUUUAAUGCUGAUUUGAGUCUCCAAUGGUUUCCAUCUCAAGGUUUUUAUUAACGUCAUGAGAAUGUUGUAAAACAGUCCACUGUGUUUGGUACAAUAACACCUAAAUCUGCUUCUAGUCAGAAGUUUAUCUGACAAUCAUUAAGAACGCAAAUAAGAUUAUUCAAUGAAGGAUCUUUAUUUUAUUCAACAUCACUGUUAGCUGUUAAGUUUUUCAUCUCUGCAUCUGUAUCUUGUGAUUGAUUUUAAGUAUUAGCUCAGAGUUGAUAUUACAGUACAGAUUUAGUAAGAGAAAGAGAGAGAGAAAAGUUCAUGAAUGCUUUUCAUUUGAAAGUUCUCAUUUGAAAGCUGACACUUCGAUGUUU